AUGUUAUCAAGAUCAAACCUCGAACGCGUCGGCGUACUCGCUCUAGGCCUUGUUGCUACAAGCUCCCUUGUUGCUGCUGGACCUUGCGACAUCUACUCUGCUGGAGGGACGCCCUGCGUCGCCGCCCACAGCACUACUCGCGCUUUGUACAGUGCCUUCAACGGCGCACUCUAUCAGGUGAAACGCGGCUCUGACGGUGCCACAACCAACAUUGCACCGCGUUCCGCAGGCGGUGUUGCGAAUGCUGCUGCUCAAGACAAUUUCUGCGCCUCCACUACCUGCCUCAUAUCGAUAAUCUACGACCAGUCCGGUCGAGGUAAUCACCUUACACAAGCUCCUCCCGGCGGCUUCCGCGGCCCUGAUACUAAUGGCUACGACCAUUUGGCCAGCGCAACUGGCGCACCGGUCACGCUAAAUGGUCAAAAGGCGUAUGGUGUAUUCAUUCCACCCGGAACCGGCUACCGUAACAAUCGUGUUAACGGCAUAGCUACAGGUGAUGCUGCGGAAGGCAUGUACGCGAUUCUGGAUGGGAAACACUUUAACGGUGGCUGCUGUUUUGACUACGGUAAUGCCGAGACAAAUAGUCUUGAUACGGGUAACGGUCACAUGGAGGCUAUUUACUUUGGCGAUAUCACUGUUUGGGGAAAAGGAUCUGGACCCGGACCUUGGUUGAUGGCUGAUCUCGAAAACGGUCUGUUUUCUGGUGUCGGCCCAAAGACCAACAAUGGUGACCCGUCUAUCUCCUCUCGUUUCUUCACUGCAAUCGUGAAAGGGAAAGCAAACCAGUGGGCGCUUCGCGGCGCUAAUGCUGCUUCCGGCCCGCUGUCAACAUACUACAGUGGCGUGCGCCCAAACGUAUCUGGCUAUAACCCAAUGCGCAAGGAGGGUGCUAUCAUUCUCGGGAUCGGUGGUGAUAACAGCAUCGGCGCCCAGGGAACCUUCUACGAGGGUGUAAUGACCACUGGCUACCCAUCCGAUGCCACCGAAAACGCGGUGCAGGCCAACAUCGUAGCCGCUAGAUACGCCACAACGUCAUUGACUAGCGGAUCAGCUUUCACCGUCGGUUCCUCGAUUUCGCUUCGAGCCACCACGGCCGGUUUUUCAUCACGUUACAUCACACACACCGGCUCCAGCGUGAACACACAGGUCGUCUCGUCAUCCAGUACUACUGCCCUCAAAAAGCAAGCUAGCUGGUAUGUUCGCACCGGCCUUGGCAAUAGCGACUGCUUCUCUUUUGAGUCAAACGACAAUCCCGGCAGCUACAUACGGCACUAUGACUUUGGUCUUCUGCUCAACGCCAACGAUGGCAGCAAGGCGUUCCAUGAGGACGCCACAUUCUGCCCGCAGACCAGCCUUAAUGGCCAGGGUAGCUCGAUUCAAUCCUGGAACCAUCCUACCCGCUAUUUCCGCCACUACAGCAACGCGCUAUACGUUGCGAGCAAUGGCGGUGUGAAAGCUUUUGACCCUGCCACCUCAUUCAACGACGACGUGAGCUGGGUGGUUAGCACUGGCUUCGCUUGA